GCCACAAGAAACACACAAACUACUUCCCAUAACUGAAAAAUAUGACAAACUUAUUGGUGCCAUUCUCUGACUCCCAUGGUGGAAACCGAAAAAAUCUGCGGAAAAUACCAUUUUCCAACGUGGUGAUCACAAGAACUAGGAACUAUUUUUUGGGUCGAAAAUGGCAAGCGGUAGACAUCCAAGUGGCAUCAUGGUUCAUUUUUGUUCAUUUACUUGCCCUUUUUGCACCUUUUACAUUUACUUGGGAUGCUUUUUGGAUCGCAUUUGUUGGUUACUUGGUCACGGGAAUGCUAGGCAUGACCCUCUCUUACCACCGACUUUUGUCCCACCAUAGUCUCAAACUUCCCAAAUUGCUCGAGUACAUAUUUGUUUACUUUGGGGUCCUAGCCUUGCAGGGAGAUCCAAUAUUUUGGGUGAGCAUCCAUAGAUACCAUCACAAAUUCGUGGAUUCGGAUAAUGAUACACACUCGCCCAUUAACGGGUUAUGGUUUAGUUAUGCGGGUUGGUUUUUUGACAAUGAAUACCUGGUUGAAAAGUAUCAAGAACGUAACAACGUAGAAGAUUUAAAAAACCAGACAUUCUACAUAUUUAUACAAAAAACAUACAUGUGUCAUUUACUUGGAUGCGGUGCUGUCUUGUAUGCACGGGGUGGAUUUUCGUACGUUGUUUGGGGCAUGGUAUAA